AGCAAAUGCCAGUUUCUAACUCCGCCCAUCGGUCCCUCCUGUUUCUUGUUCCGGGGAGAUUUUGGUUCCUGGAGCCGGUAAAAUUGUCUGGCUUUGCGAGGGUAUAUCUUCCUACUCCUCUUUCAUAUCGAGGAUUUAUAAUUAACUACAAGUCAUGGCGGUGAACACAAGCACUUCUCUGGUGCUCUCCAGUAUUCUUUCGGUGCUGGUUUUUGCUGGGAUGCAGAUGUUCAGUAAACAGCUGGGAUCCACGGAGUGGCUUACCAUCCUGGGAGGGUUCCUGGGUUCGGUCCUUUUCAUCUGCUCCCUCACUGCAUUCAACAAUCUAGAAAACCUGGUGUUUGGGAAGGGAUUCCAAGCCAAGAUUUUCCCAGAGAUUCUGCUGUGCCUGUUUCUCUCACUGUUUGCCUCUGGUCUAGUGCAUCGUGUCUGCGUCACCACCUGCUUAAUAUUCUCCUUGUUCGCCUUGUAUUACAUCAACAAGAUAUCUGCCGCCCUCUACCAAGCAGCUGUUCCUGUUGUAACGCUGGCCAAGGCUGCCAGCAAGAGCAAAAGGAAGAACUAAUAAAUCUGAAGACAGUUCCCAGUUAACCGAUCCAAAUGGUCCAGGUGCUGAAGGUUAUUGUUGCAGGGUUUUGUCAUAACUACUUAAAUCAGGCAGAUUUAUCAAGAAAUGAUUUUCUGAAGGUAUGCUUAGAAGUCCCCAUUUUUUCAUACACACCUUUUGUUUUGUUUUUUACGGUGAUUAUGAAAUGAAAAGUUCCCCACAUCAAACAAAAGUCUAUAUAAUAAAUCUUAAAACAGCUCUUUGCAUUCCAUUUAUCACAGAUUUCCAGGCACAGGCGGCUGCAAAGAGAUUCAUACAACCUGUCAUAUUUUCUGUUCAUUUAUCAGCACCUCAAGCUGCUGUUUUGUCUCGCAUAGUUUGUAAUUAAACAUUGUGGAAAACGA